GCCAGGGGAGGCGCAAUCAGAGGCGGCCGCGGAGGGAAGGAAACAGCCGCGGAGGCUGGAAAUCGCUGCCUGGAGGGAGCUACCGCGGGGAGGAGGGAGGAUCGGAGCCCGAUGUCGGUGACGUUUGAGGACGUGGCCAUGUAUUUCUCCCCAGCAGAAUGGGCGCUGCUGGGCGAGGAGCAAAAGCAACUUUACACAUACGUCAUGUGGGAAAAUUACCAGACUCUGGUCUCGUUAGGAAUCCAAACCCCCAAGCCAGUGGUGAUCUCCAGCAUAGAGCGAGGAGAAAAUCUGUGUGUGCUGCAUCCUACAGAAGAUGGAGAUGGGGACAUCCUGAGAGGAACCCACCCAGAUUUUCCAGAUGCAGAGGAGAUCUGGGACUGGUCAGCAAUUGAAAGCUCCUUGGGCUUCUUCCUCACACAAAGCUGUUUCCCUGGAGCAGCACGGGCGAGGAACCUGAGCAUGGCUGAGGGCCAGACUCCUGAGCAAGAGUCUGGCAACCUGGAGUCACCCAGCCCUUUCCUGGGAACAUCAGUGGAGACCCAUUCCCAGAAAUCUGAGCGGGGAAGGCACCACAAGAGGCAGUGCAGGCUCCAAAGGCAGACGAAGCACCUGACUAAGAAGGAAUCAGGAACCCGAAGAGGCCAUCAGAGGAGAUCCAGGCCAAAUCUAAAGCCUCCUGCAGAGGGAAAAGCUGAGCCCAGAAAGAGCCUAUAUACCUGUCGUGUGUGCAGGGAAGAAUUCAAGGAGCAGAGAGACCUGAUAAGCCACCACUGGAUGGUUCAUAGGAAACAAGAACUGUAUCACUGUAGCGAGUGUGGGGAGAGCUUUAGGAGAAAGAAGGAGUUCAGAGCACAUGGGAAGGCUCACAGAAAGAAGAGAGACCAUCCCUGUUCUGAAUGUGGGAAGAUAUUCCACCAGUUAUCGAAUCUCAUUGUCCACCAGAGAAUACAUACGGGAGAGAGACCCUAUCGCUGUGCUGAGUGUGGAAAAAGAUUCUUCCAUAUAUCAGCUCUUAACAUCCACAAGAGAGUCCACUCAGGAGAGAGACCCUUUGCCUGCACUGAGUGUGGAAAGCGAUUUAUGAAUUCAUCAACUUUUCGUAGUCAUCAGGCAAUCCACUCAGAGAAGAGACCCCAUCGCUGUAACCAAUGUGGGAAAGGCUUCAAAGUUGCGUCAAGUCUUACUAGACACCUGAAAAUCCACAGUGAAGAGAGACGCUUCUUGUGCCACGAGUGUGGGAAAAAAUUUUGCCUACGAGAACAUCUGAUCAGACAUCAGAGGAUCCACACUGGGGAGCAGCCCCAUUGCUGUGCUGAGUGUGGGAGAAAAUUCAGUCUCCUUCAAAGUCUCAGGAGACACCGGGAAAUCCAUGGCACAGGGAGACUCCAUCGCUGUGCUGAGUGUGGGAAAAUAUUCCGUCAUCUAGAAAAUCUCUCUAGACACAAGAGAGUCCACACUGGGGAACUCUAUUGCUGCACUGACUGUGGAAAAGGCUUUGUCCGUCUACAACAUCUCACUCGCCACCAGAGAAUCCACACUGGAGAGAAACCCUAUUGCUGCACUGAGUGUGGGAGAAGUUUCACCCAAUCGUCAGGCCUCACCAACCACCGGAGAAUCCAUUCAGGAGAGCGACCCUAUCCCUGCACUCAGUGUGGGAAGUGCUUUGCUCACUCGUCAUCUCUCACUGAACAUCUGAAAACCCAUUCGGGAGAGCGACCAUAUUCCUGUAUUCAGUGUGGGAAGCACUUUGCUCGUUCAUCAUCUCUUACUCAGCAUCAGAGAACCCACCCAGGGGAGCAACCAUAUUCCUGUGCUCAGUGUGGGAAGCGCUUUGCUCGCUCAGCAUAUCUUACUAAACACCAGAGCACCCACUCAGAAUAGAGACUCCUGACCCUGGUGUUUGAUGGAGGCAAUCUCUUCAUUCUCUCGCUUCACCCUGUUCCCAAAGCCUGUAAAAGAGGGGAACUUGCUCCCACUCUGAAAUGUUCCCACCUCUUCACUAAGUAGACACAAAUUUAGGUGCUGGGUUUGUUAAAAUGAUUUUAUGUAGUCCUGGAGAUGGGAGCAUUUAACCCUAGAGGUACUGAAACAUUCCAUUGUGGGCAUUAUGGGCUGCAGCUAGGACAGAAAUGAUUGGUGUCAGGACUGCACUUUGGAGUCCACAAAUCAAUCAAACACCCACAAAACAAAUUGAUUAGCAGUACCAGGCCAGUGUCUCCCUGUUCUUCAAGUGGGGAAGUCAAUGGCCGUGCCUCUCUAUCAGAGAUCUGACUUUAUGUCACUGUUGUCUCAUCGUUCUUGGAGGGAAUAAAAUAAUACAAGAGACUGAUGAGUCUGAAAUGGCUGCACUGCCAUGUGUGUAGGUGAAGACCUGCAAUUUUCCCUGAGUUCUGACUUUAUAUAUUAAAAAUAAUAAUAAUAAUUGGAGAUAUACCAAUCUCCUAGAGCUGGAGGGGACCU